GGCUAAUUAAGGCGUGGGCGUGGGUUGGGGGGGGGGAACUUCUCGGCUAUUGUUCGAACGAACCAUUGUCGUCAGCGUUAGUUCGCCUCUCGCAAGCCUCCCGGAAGGAGUCGGGCCACGCCUGCUUUCUACUCUGUGCAAUAUCUCAUUCAUACCACCACCAUCACCACCACCAUCACUAUCAUCAUCAUUGCAAGAGAAGACAGAGCGACGUCCAUGCGAUGAACACUGCGAAAUAAGCUCCCUCUCCCUCUCUCUCUCUCUCUCGCCACCCCUGGGAGCCGAGCUAUGCUCGUCUUGCUCGCUCUCUGCGAACUCCGAGCCUCCUCAUCGCCAGCGUCCCUCCGCUCCUCCAUGGGCGCCGGCGACGCCUUCACGGCCUCCCCGGCCGGCCUCCACCACGGCGGCGCCUCCUCCUCGGCCCAGUCCGUUGGCGGCGCCGCCGGCGGCGUCGGCGUCGGCGGCGGCGGCGGCAUCAUUGGCGCGGGCGGCGGGCCGCAUCCCGUGCCGUCGCUCACCCUGGAGCAGAAGGCGGCGUUCUGCUGCGUGGCGCUGCUGCUCGUCUUCCUCGGCGUGCUCAUCGUGCGCUGCUUCCGGAUCCUGCUGGACCCCUACAACAGCAUGCCCUCGUCCACGUGGACGGACGGCAUCGACGGCCUCGAGAAGGGCCAGUUCGAGUACGCGCUCGCCUGACCGCCACCGCUGCCGCCAGUCCCACCGCCACCCCACCGUCGCCUCCUCCUGCUCCUCCUGCUCCUCCUCCUCUUCCGCCUCCGCUCGACGAGUGUAGUUUAACAAUAAAAAGAGGCGAGACAGAGGGCAGUAGUCCCUCGGUUGACGUUUUUUUUUAAAAAUAUAUAUCCGUUCCACGAAAACUACCGUGAACCGAAAUAACAGUUAAUCGAAUU